AACUCUGCGCGCGGCACACAUACUAUUAUGACGAAAACUGUUACGUAGAGCGACGGGGAAAUUCUACACAAAAUUUCGUAAUCUUCCGUCGUGAAAUACGAUGAAUAGGCAAAGUAAUGCUAGUAUCCCCUAGACAAUGUACGCUGCUUGUUAUUGUGUUAUCAUUUAUCGGUUCAGCUCAGCCAUUCGUCCUAGACCCAGCAACACUGGGUAACACCUUAGACGGUAUUGCCCGGGAUGGUUUGGGUGUCCAGGAUAUGCAGGCUUACCUCGACUCGCUUGAUGUCGACGUAGUCACAAUCAACAGUACAACAAUCAAUGAGCUAAAAACCAAACUUUCCGAAAAAUUCCAGGUCCGAGUCCAAGCUGCCUGGAGACUUAAGACGGCAGUUGAGCUUUCUUAUUUUUUAUCAGCGCCUAAGCACAAUCCAGAGUGUUGUAGUGUUGACAGCGGUUCACUAACAUAUGACACGCGCUUUAGACAACAAGUCAGAACCACUCAAUUUUGUGUGCGCAAAGCGUCCGGCGCAACCAAUCCGACACAGCUUACAAACGAAGUACUUAAAGCGAUGGAAGAUAACAUGAAAGAAUCACCUUACCUUAAGUGGCAGUACUUUGGCUCAGUUGAAGGUCUCACCACGAUCUACCCAAUGCAAUCUCAGGCAGAGUGUGGCUCGUACGAUAAUCGUGCCAGGCCUUGGUAUGUAGACGCAGCUGCGCCAAAGCCGAAGAAUGUCGUGUUAGUGGUAGAUAGUAGCGGCUCGAUGGCAGAAAAACAUACUGCGAACGGGAAGACAUGGCUGCAGAUGGCCAUAGAUGCUGCUAAGGCUGUACUAGACACACUUAAUCCACGAGAUAAGGUUGGAGUUGUAUCGCUGGCGACAGACGCAAACACUCCCGGUAGCAACGAUACGACAUGGUGCUACGCCAACACCCUAGCUGAGGCCAACUCCGUAAACAUCAACAAUAUGAAGAUCUUCCUCGAUGGAAUGCGGUCUGCUGGUUUCACGAUGUAUAUUCCUGCUUUGACGAAAGCUUUCGCUCUACUGCUGAACUCCAAGCCCGAGUCCCCAGAUGACUGCGAUCAAGUCAUCAUCUUUCUGACAGACGUCAAACCAACUGAACUCAAGGAGAGCGUUAUGAGGACUAUAGUGGAAUCCAACAAGCUCCUGGAUAAUCGAGUAGUGAUUCUAGCUUAUGGCAUUGGUGCUGAGGACUUCAGCUUUCUUGGAGACAUGGUCAGACAGUCCGGUUACAACCAGACCUGGGACCCAGCCGCCGGACAGGUUACGCCUGGCAUCUGGAAACAAAUAACAGACAUAGGGCGUCUACGAGAAGAAAUGGUCACCUACUAUAACUUUUUUUUCUCCGCCAACGACCCAUCGACAGCAGAACCCAGGAUUGCCGUGCCGUACCACGACGCGUGGGGACUAGGACUCAUCACCACUGUGACCCUUCCCUGUUACCAUGGUAACACGUUUGUAGGCGUGGUUGGUAUUGACAUCACCAUGGGAGACCUGCUUGCGGACGUGUCGUAUUUUGGCGCGGAGCAGGAGUCAUACGCGUUUGUGAUUGACGGCUCGGGGCGUGGUCUAGUUCACCCUUUGCUACCCAUGCCAUCGAACGCCGACCAGGACUAUGCAUCUCUCGAAAUCCGGACACUUGAACCGGACGCGCCAAACUCUAUAUUUGAUUCCAUGCAAAGUGGCGAAAGGGGCGAAGAAAGGUUACUGACGCGUCGAUUCCUUCCUCGUGCUGGUAGCAAAGCUGGUGUGCGAGUUCGGACGGUGAAUACAACAUACUACUGGCAAAAAGUGGAUGGGACCAACUUCUCGGUCUGCUUGGUGCUUGUCAAGGGAGACAGCUCGGUAUCAUUGAAACCACUUUCACCAAUUGAGGACUUUAAGUUCAUCUACCACCGUCUAGACCUGCUCAAGCCUGAGCUACCAUGCACACAGUUUCAGCGUUACGCCGUCAAGAGCUCAUCAGUCGUCAAGUUCAGCGCGGACGUGUUCACUGACCCCUACCAGUACAUCGGUCUGUCCGAGACCUCCACUCAUGUAAUGCAGUACUUCAUGUACAUGCUAGAUAGAUCAAACACUGUAGAAAACCCGGGGUUCCGUGCGGGAAUUAAGGACGAUGUUUUGGCGUCAUACAGAGCUGAGAGUAUCUGGCUUAAGAGUGAGUCUCUAAAUGACUAUGUGGUGUGGCGGUAUAUCGGCAGUGGAAGCGGCGUUUUUAGACUUUUUCCAGGCGUAAUACUGGCCAAGAAUUAUGACCCAACGAAGAGAACGUGGUAUCAAGGAGCGAUAGAUAACCCAGGAAACAACACAUUAUCCACACCAUACAUCGACGCGUUUGGCGCGGGGCUGGUGAUCACGCUAUCGCACACCGUGACCAAAGGGCAGGGCGAGGUGUUCGGAGUGAUGGGCGCCGACUUUACUCUACGAUUCUUUCACAGGAUGUUAGGAGACACUUACAUCAAAUGCAAAGACCCAAGCUUCAAGUGCUUUAUUAUGGAUUCAAGUGGUUUCUUGGCAUUUCACGAGGAUUUUCUGUCGCCCGAUAUCACGGCGGCCACAGUGGAAGAUGUACAUAUCACAGAGAAGCUAAAGUCUGUCGCCCAAGAUAUGAUAGAUAAAGGGAUCCUGGUACAAAACCAUUGCCGAGACCUUAUCAAGAUCGGAAAGCAGAUGUUCUAUGAAGUCCAUUUGAAUGAAAGCGUCACAAACGUCAUUGGAACAUCAACAUGCAAGAUGUAUGAGAUCCACCCAAUAGCUAACAGCAACUUGUACUUGGGUAUACUGGAAGGCAAGAUCGGCGAAGUCUGUUCGUCUGACAGCUGUGUUUGCCUUGAGAGUCGUCAGUGCUCUUCUUGCAAGUGCCCGUGUCUUACUUCCUUGAGCUACGAGUACUGCAACAACACCUUCCCUUCGAGCAGUUUGGCCAUAUGUCCCGUGCCUCCCCCGGUAGUGGGCACCGUGCCGAUGAGUGAAGAUACCCAUGGCUUGGAAAAAUGUUUUGAUACCUUAUGCACCAAGAAGGUACUAUUCGAAGAGUGCUAUGGUGUUGUUGGAUGUAGCUGGUGCGUCAUGGACGAAAACAACAAGGCGUUUGACGAGCCCUUCUGCACAGAACAGAAUCUAUGCUACGGUGGAAGAUACGGAAACCCGGUACCUGGAGCUCCGACCCAGUCUCCGACGGCUGCUGAAGCUGCCUCGUCAUUACCACUGAUGAAAAUUAUCACCAUCACAGGCUACUCGGUCGGGGGGGCUGUGUUGGUCACGAUCGCCGUUUUUGUCAUGUGGAAGUGCCUAAAAAAGCCUAAGCCGGUCCCGGAGGAGCAGUAUGCGUAUGGCAUCACGGCUGCCUUGCCGUUUCCACAGGGAGUCCAGAUUGAAGACAUUUAUCAAACGAUCGGAGAAAUCUAUGGUGGUCUACCACAGGGAUCCGUGUCAAGUUUCGAAAGUGAUUGUUAGUAAAUAUAAGGACGCGACGCCCAUAGCUAGGAAUCCCCUCUCCCCCUCGCCUGUUAUUAAACCACCCCCUUUCACAACCCCCCACCCAAAAAAGGCAUGUUAAUCAAUUAUGUAUGUGUUUAUUGAUCAGAAUUUGCAUGUUAGUUAAUUGACAAUUGAAAUAAAGCAAGGAUUUUACAAUAA